AUGGCAUAUUCUUCGGGUUCAAAACAAGGUCUUUUCGUAAAUAUGAUGAUAUCUUACCGACCCUCCAAAAAUCUCUUCCAUCUACUUCAUAUAAAAGAUUCUCCGAGAGAUAGUAAUAUUGAAUCUAUAUUUGAUAUUGUCUCUCAAAUCUCGUCAACCCGGAUAAAUUUGAAUCUCGGCGUUGUCAUCAAUAUGCGGCUUUCUCGACCUGCUCAUUAUGACCGAUUGGAGAAGCUUGCAAAUUCCAUCGGGGCUAGCAUGAUCAUCAUCCAUGGCAAAAUUGGAAAAGAUCAAGGUGGUUAUGAUGUUGAGGUUGGUCAUGCUCCUACAAUCGGCGUUGACGCCACAAAACCAUUUCUUGUGGAAGAGUUGGCUCGUAUAGUGCUACAAGCGGCGAGAACGAAUGAAAGCAUAGAUUAUGUCGAGCCUAAAGGUGAUGUGCUUGCUCCUCCUCUAUCGGAUCGUAAUAAAAGUGAUGAAAGAGAUUUGGGAGAUAUGCAUGUUCAUGAAUUUGAGUUUUGUUUGGAGCCAAAGAAAGAAAAGCUAAGAUGCACCAAGUGCGAAGAAUUGAUAAUUUCGGGACCAAUAUAUCAUUGUGUAGAAUGCGAUGACUUCAUCCUUCACAAAGAUUGUGCCGAGUCACCAAUCGUGGAAAAGCUUCUUGAAACGGAUCGGCAUCAAUUUCGAUGA